CUCUCCUUCCACCCUUCUCCAUCCCCCCCUUCUCUCUAGAACCCACUAACCUACACCAUGGGUGCGCAUUCCCUCCUCUUCACUGUCUUCUUCUCCGUCCUCCUCUCCUCCUUCACCUCAAACGCCCACAACAUAACAGCAAUCCUUGCUGCAUUCCCGGAGUACAGCGUCUACAACUCCUACCUCUCCCAAACGAAACUAGCGGACGAGAUCAACAGUCGCCAAACCCUAACAUGCCUCGUCCUGAGCAAUGGUGCCAUGUCAGCCCUAGCCGCGAAGCACCCUCUCUCUGUUAUAAAGAGCGCCCUCGAGCUCCUCACCCUCCUCGAUUACUACGAUGCUCAGAAGCUCCACGACAUCUCCGACGGCACAACUCUCUCCACCACCCUCUACCAGACCACCGGAAAAGCUGACGGAAACCUUGGUUUCGUCAACAUCACCGACCUUAAGGGCGGCAAGGUCGGCUUCGGCUCGGCUGCACCCGGCUCGAAGCUUGACUCCUCAUACACGAAGAGUGUUAAGCAGAUCCCCUACAACAUCUCUGUCCUCGAGAUCUCCGCGCCGAUCAUCGCGCCAGGGCUCCUCACCGCGCCGGCUCCCUCCAUCUCCGAUGUCAACAUCACCGGCCUGCUCGAGAAAGCUGGUUGCAAGACCUUCGCGGCUCUCAUCGUCAGCUCCGGAGUUUUGAAGAUUUACCAGUCUGCCGUCGACAAGGGGCUUACCGUUUUUGCCCCUUCGGAUGAGGCGUUCAAGGCAGCUGGCGUGCCGGACCUCAGCAAGCUGACUAGCGCUGAGGUGGUCACGCUGCUGCAGUACCAUGCGGUCGCCUCGUACACGCCGAUCGGGAGCUUGAAGACGUCUAGCGCGCCGAUCAGCACGCUGGCGUCGAAUGGGGCCGGGAAGUAUAGCCUGAAGGUUACCUCUGCCGGCGAUUCGGUGUCCCUGCACACCGGCGUCGAUAGCUCGAGGAUCUCCGGCACGGUCAUCGACGACACACCGCUCUGCAUUUUCACCGUCGACAGCAUCCUGCUGCCGGUCGAGCUCUUCGGAUUACCGCCCUCGCCCGCCCCGGCUCCCGUCCCCGUCUCGUCACCUUCUCCGACGCCCGCUGCUUCCCCCGCCCCUACCCCCGUCGUCGCGGCGCCGUCACCCGAGCCGUUGUCGCCUCCGGCCCCGCCCAUGUCUUCUCCCAGAGGGUCUCCUUCGGACGGUCCGGGUCCGGCCACAUCAAGCGAUUCCACGUCGACACCGUCUGCAGCCGUGGAUUUGAAAGCGCCGGUAAUCCUGUCCGCCGCAUUCUUCUUCUCAUUAGCAUUGGUGCUUUCAAUAUAGUAGAAUGUGGUUAUCUUUUUGUUCUGAUUCAGUGAUGGGAUUUCGUUGUGGUUGAUUUUUUCCUUCUUUUUCUCUUUUUUUGGGUUUAUUUAUGUUAUUGGAGUGAGCUAUAUUUGAUGUAGUUAGACGAGUUUUGUUUUGUUA